UAGAAUACAACCCUAGAUUCUUCGGUUUUGUGUUAUUGUUCUUCUUCUUCUUCUUCGAUAUACUGUGUUUGUGUCUUUGUGACAUUAUAUUCUUCUUCACCGCCGCUCCUACCGUUCUUUCUUUCCAAUUUUCGUAUACAUCGAUUCUAACUGAUCAGAUUUUUUUUAUUUAAAUUUCUCUUUCGUGCAUCCAAACACGAAUCUCGCCUUUUCCUUAAAAAUCCUUGCGAAUCGAUCCAAUUACUCGUGCUUUGUUACUACGCACGCGAAAACCCUAAUCUGAAACAUGGGGAAGAAGAAGCCAUCAGUACGCGACGAAGAUAAUCCUCCGCCGCAAGCCGGUGGUGGGAAAUCAAAGAAGAAGGCUCCUGUCAUCGACGACGACGAAUACGCUAUCGGAGUCGAGUUCUCCGAGGAGCAACCGGUGGCGGCGGCGGAAGAGAAACCGGGUAAAAAGAAAGGUAAAAAAGGUAACUCUAAAUCUGUACAAGCUAAAAAUAAUGGUGAUGAUUUUGAUGAUGAUAAUGAUGAUGUGAGUGAAGUUGUGUUUGCUGGGAAGAAAAAGGGGAAAUCGAAAAAAGGUAGUGGUGGUGGAGGAAGUGUGUUCGCUGCUGCGGCUAGCUUUGGUUUGCUUGGUAGUGAUGAUGAUGACAAUGGUGAUGAAGAGAAAUCGGAGUUAACUGCCGAUCAAGACAGCGAUGAGGAUGAACCAGUUGUUAGUUUUUCGGGGAAGAAGAAGGCGUCGAAGGGUUCAAAGAAAGGGGGAGGUAGUUUGUUUACUGCCUCUGCUUUUGAUGCAAUAGAUGAGGAUGAUGAUGACAAUGGUGUGGAAGAGGACGAACCUGUUGUUGUUUUUUCGGGGAAGAAGAAACCUUCAAAGGGUUCCAAGAAAGGAGGUGGAGGAGGUAGUGUGUUCAGUGCAUCGGCUUUUGAUGUAAUUGAUGAUGAUAACGAAGAUGAUGAGAAGGAUGAGAAUGAUGUUGAUGAACCGGUUGUUGCAUUUACGGGGAAGAAGAAGUCUUCAAAAGGAAGCAAGAAGGGUGGUUCUUUGUUUUCAGCUGUUAGUUUUGAUGAGAUUGAUGAUGGAGAGGAGGAGAAUAAGAAUGAAAAGGUAGAUGAUGAAGAAGAUAUUGGACCAAUCACGUUCUCUGGUAAGAAGAAGAAGUCAUCCAAGUCUUUGAAGAAGGCGGUUAUUCCUGACGAGGAUAGUGUUUCUGUGUCCGAGUCUGCUAAAGGUGGCAAUGACAAGGAUGAUGGUGAUGAUGUUUCGUUAGUUGCAUUUACUGGUAAAAAGAAGUCCUCUAAAAAGAAGAGUGGUAAUGCUGCUGUCAAAGCGACUGAUGAAGUUGGGUUUGGAAGUGAAAGUGUAGAUGCUGUUGGGGCUGAGUUACCUAGUGGUGGAAUUAGCAAUAAAAAUGUUGACAAUGGUAAUAUAAAUAAAAGUGAAGAGGUCACUGAAACUUCAAAAAAUAAGAAGAAGAAGAAUAAGAAGAGUGGGAGAACUGUUCAAGAGGAGGACGAUUUAGAUAAGAUUCUCGCAGAGCUUGGCGAGGGUCCUCCUACAGCAACACCUGCUGCUCCUCCGCAGCAGGAGGAUAAGGUUCAGCCUGCUCCUGAUGUAGGUUCUGCCCCUGAUGUUUCAGGGGAAAAGGAAGGAGAAGAGGAUACCGUAGAGUCAGCUGCUGCAAAAAAGAAGAAAAAGAAGAAGGAAAAGGAGAAGGAGAAGAAGGCAGCUGCUGCAGCAGCAGCAGCAGCUGGAAGUGCCCAAGUAAAUGAAACUGUAGAAGUAAAAGCCGAGAUAAUUGAACCAAAGAAGAAUGAUUUGAAGUCCAAAGCAGCUGACAAGAAAUUGCCAAAGCAUGUUAGGGAGAUGCAAGAGGCACUGGCUCGUAGAAAAGAGGCAGAAGAAAGAAUGAAAAGAGAAGAGGAAGAGAAGCAAAGGAAAGAAGAAGAGGAGCGACGAAGGCUAGAGGAACUUGAGAGACAGGCAGAAGAGGCUAAACGUAGAAAGAAGGAAAAAGAAAAGGAAAAACUCCUGAAAAAGAAACAAGAAGGUAAAUUGUUAACUGGUAAGCAGAAAGAAGAAGCCCGACGUUUGGAGGCAAUGAGGAGGCAGAUUCUCAAUAGCACAGGAGGUGUGACUCUUCCUGCUGGGGACAUUGGUCCACCAGCCAAAAAACCUAUUUAUCAGACAAAGAAGGGGAAAGCAACUAAUCGAAAUCAGAAUGGUGCUGCUGCUGUCAAGACAGAAGAAACUGUUGAAGCAAAGGAAACUACCACCGAUUUGGAUUCAGAGGAAUCAAAAAAGGUUGAAGAAGUAGAGUCGAUGCAGCCAGAGGUCAAAGUCGAAGUUCCUGAAGCUGUCAAAGAGGAUGAAGUUGAAGAUGAUGAUGAUGAAUGGGACGCAAAAAGCUGGGAUGAUGUCAAUCUGAAUGGUAAGGGUGCAUUUGCUGAUGAAGAAGUUGACUCAGAGCCUGAACAGAUUGUCAAAAAAGAGAUUAAAAAUGCGGUAGCUGCUAAAAAUGCUGGUGCUGCAAAUAAAACUCUUUCAAAGCCUGUGGUUGAAGAAGUUGAAGAUAGGAAACAAGCCAAAGUUGUGGUUGAGGACAAAAAGAAAAUCCACGAUUCACAACAGUCUGCCGUUCCUCCUAAGCCGAGUGAUGGGAACCUCCGUUCCCCAAUUUGCUGCAUCAUGGGUCAUGUGGAUACUGGCAAAACCAAGCUUCUGGAUUGUAUUCGAGGUACCAAUGUUCAAGAAGGUGAAGCUGGCGAAAGAACUAAGGAACUGAAAGCUGACGCAACACUGAAAGUUCCUGGUUUACUGGUUAUUGAUACCCCAGGCCAUGAAUCGUUCAAUAACUUAAGGUCUCGGGGUUCUGGUCUAUGUGACAUUGCAAUUUUGGUUGUUGACAUUAUGCAUGGCUUAGAGCCACAAACUAUAGAAUCACUCAAUCUAUUAAAAAUGAGGAACACAGAAUUCAUUAUUGCAUUGAAUAAGGUUGACAGGCUUUAUGGCUGGAAAGCAUGUCGCAAUUCUCCAAUUCGUAAAGCAAUGUUGCAGCAGACUAAGGAUGUCCAUAAUGAGUUUAAUAUGAGGGUCACUCAGAUUGUCACUCAGUUCAAGGAACAGGGGCUAAAUACUGAGUUGUAUUACAAAAACAAAGAAAUGGGAGAAACAUUCAGCAUCGUACCUACAAGUGCACUAAGUGGUGAGGGAAUCCCAGAUAUGUUACUAUUAUUGGUUCAGUGGACCCAAAAGACCAUGAUUGAGAAACUUACAUACAGUGAUGAAGUGCAGUGUACAGUUUUGGAAGUCAAGGUUAUUGAAGGCCAUGGAACUACUAUUGAUGUUGUUUUAGUUAAUGGUGUUCUUCACGAAGGAGAUCAAAUAGUUGUAUCUGGAAUGCAGGGUCCAAUUGUUACGACAAUUCGAGCUUUAUUGACACCUCAUCCAAUGAAGGAACUUCGUGUUAAGGGAUCAUAUAUCCAUCACAAAGAAAUCAAAGCUGCGAUGGGUAUCAAGAUCACUGCCCAGGGACUUGAACACGCUAUUGCUGGUGCUAGUUUAUAUGUGGUGAAGCCUGAUGAUGAUUUGGAAUAUAUUAAAAAAGCGGCCUUGGAAGAUGUGGAGUCAGUCUUGAGCAGGAUUGACAGGAGUGGUGAGGGUGUUUGUGUCCAGGCAUCUACCCUUGGCUCAUUGGAAGCAUUACUGGAGUUUUUGAAAACUCCAGAAGUGAAUAUUCCUGUUAGUGCUAUAAGUAUAGGUCCUGUACAUAAGAAGGAUGUGAUGAAGGCCAGUGUAAUGCUUGAAAAGAAACGAGAGUAUUCUACUAUAUUGGCAUUUGAUGUCAAAGUCACCCCUGAAGCUAGGGAACUUGCAGAAGAAUUGGGUGUAAAAAUUUUCAUCGCCGAUAUCAUUUAUCAUCUAUUUGAUCAAUUUAAGGCUUACAUGGACAACAUUAAGGAGGAGAAAAAGAAAGAAGCUGCUGAUGAGGCAGUCUUCCCAUGCGUUCUGAAAAUCUUACCAAAUUGUGUCUUCAACAAGAAGGAUCCGAUUGUUUUGGGAGUUGAUAUCCUCGAAGGCAUUCUAAAGAUUGGAACUCCAAUUUGUAUUCCUUCCCAAGAGUUCAUUGAUAUUGGUCGCAUUGCCUCCAUUGAGAAUAACCAUAAACCAGUUGAUUAUGCGAAGAAAGGGCAGAAAGUGGCCAUUAAGAUUGUUGGCAGCAAUUCUGAGGAACAGCAGAAAAUGUUUGGGAGGCAUUUUGAGAUUGAUGAUGAACUUGUUAGCCAUAUUUCACGGAGAUCUAUUGAUAUUCUCAAAACUAAUUAUCGGGAUGAACUUUCAAUGGACGAAUGGAAGCUGGUGGUGAAAUUGAAGACUCUUUUCAAGAUACAAUGAGACUUGAUCUGUGCGGGCACUUGGUAUGAAAUGUUUGGUGUAAUGCCCAACUUUGAAGGAUUUUGAAGGAUUUAUGCAAGGAUGUGGUUCGGUAGACCAAAGAUUCGACGCAAUGAUACAAAGCGUUUAAUAUGGACAGAUGACUUUGUACAAGAAACUCCCAUGCACUUGCGGCUGGGAACAUCUGGCCAAAAAGGUUAACUGUCAAGGACAACAAUGUCCAAAUUUUGUGAUUUACUAUACAAAUCUGUGGUAUACAUGGAAGCAAAUAAGAGUUUAAGUUGCAAUUGUUUGCUGAGGGAAAACAUUCACGGGCAUAUUUAUCUUGUGACAAACAAAAUUGUUCACUUACGGUUUCCGUACUGUGUACAAAUUUUUUCAAUUUGUUGCCGUGGCAUGGUAUUUAUCGCGAGUUAUGCAUCUUUUGAUGGUCCCUGCCGAGCAUUUUGGUUGUGGAAACAGCAUGAAUAUGUAUACUUGUUUGGAUAUGAAUAUGUAUUCAAAUGUUUCAGCAAAUUUUCCACUUCGACGUUCCAUUUUUUAUGCAUCUUUAUAGUGCUGUAAGAGCUCUGGACCUUUGCUCCUUAUCACAAAAGUAGGAUGCUUUCUAUAUUCGAAUGA